AGCAGUGGAACAUGGCGAGGGUUGUGAACGAAAACGGGUGUGGAGAGAAGUUACAGAAUUCCGAACCAAGUGAAUCAGGUCGGAGCGCCGCGCGAUGGGGCCCACAGCAUGCAGGUGCCAGGGAACUUGCGAAUUUGUACUCACCAGGUAAAAGGUGUCAGGAGUGGAUCAGUGUGAUCCUUUGUUUUUCUCUCAUGGCCUUCAAUUUCUUUUACCUCCUUGCCAACUUCCACUUGUGCCACACGUGGUACAUUCUCCUGGGCAUCGUGGCAGGAAUUCUCACUGCAGACUUUGCCUCUGGAUUGGUCCACUGGGGUGCUGACACUUGGGGGUCAGUUGAUUUGCCCAUCUUUGGAAAGGCCUUCAUCCGUCCGUUCAGGGAGCACCACAUCGAUCCAACGGCCAUAACACGACACGAUUUCAUAGAAACCAAUGGGGACAAUUGUAUGCUCACUAUCAUCCCACUUGCCAAAAUGGCCUACAACUUCCUCACUCUUCCUCCAGCGGAGCUUUAUCACAGCUAUCCCUGGAACUGUUACGUAUUUGCCCUGGCAAUCUUUGUCACUCUGACCAAUCAGAUUCAUAAGUGGUCUCAUACCUACUUUGGGCUGCCUUUCUGGGUGACCUUCCUCCAGGACUGUCACAUCAUCCUCCCCCGAAAACACCAUCGCGUCCACCACGUCUCCCCCCAUGAGACUUACUUCUGUAUAACCACAGGCUGGCUUAACUACCCUCUAGAGAAGUUGGGGUUCUGGAGAAACCUGGAGGACUUGAUCCAGAGCUUGACAGGAGAGAAACCUAGAUCUGAUGACCUGAAAUGGGCCCAGAAAACCAAGUAAAUCCUUUUUUUUUUUUUUGGGCUGACACAUCUGGCUACCUCAAGACUCCUCUUGGGAAAGCAUGUCAUAAUCUGUACCAGAGCUCCCCCGCUGAAUCAGAGGAGGAGAUGUAGAAGAACCUAUUGUCUGUCUGCCAGCCUCAGAGGGACCUCAGCUUUAAAUGUUCAAGUUUUCACCCAUACACUGAAAGGCUUUUCUCAAAAAUGACGGUUUCUGCAGAACCCCCUUCUGCCAUUAAAAAAAGGCUUUCAUGGGAAUGUGCUUCAGUUGACAACAUGAAUGAAAGCAAUACUGUUCCUUGCUCCUUGUUCAGCGCUGUUUCCUUAAACUCUUUCCUUGUUUUUGCUUCUUGUCAGAACAGUCAAGCCAUUUGACCUUGAGGGGGAGCGACCUGUCUAAAAAUGAUAACUUGGGACUUAGCCUGAAGCUUUAUGUUUUAACACUUCGAGAACUCAAACAUGAAAACACAAAAUGAAGAUACUUGAAUGAAAGUGGCUUCUGCUUGACCCCCCCCCUCUUCUCUGUAAACAGCUGAUCAACCAUUGACACAUUGGCCCACUUGUUACCGAUUAUUGCUUUUUUUGCCUCAGCGUUUGUUUGUUCAGUUAGCUUUGUUUCUGUGACUUGCUAUUUUGCUAA